AGUGUAUUCAAUUAAAUAUAGGUUGAACAUGAUUUGCAAAUCAUUGUAUUCUGUUUUUAUUUGUUUAACACAACGUCCCAACGUCAUUGGAAUUGGGGUUGUAAAACUGUAUAAAAGGUCACUGUUGUCUUGUCCGACAGUAUGCAUGACGGUGGUUCCUUGUAAAUUCGGAGGCCAAAGUCAGCCAAGCUCAUCAUUUUCAAUUGAAAGAGAGAAUAAUUUCCCUUCGAUGUAAUCAAAGUCAAAUUAACAGUUUCUAUCAUCAGCUACUUGGUGUGUGGAAGCAUCAAUGAAGGCUGUCUGUUUUAAGGGUCCCGAAUCUGUCCCUCUGCUUUGACUCCGAUGCUGAAGUGUUUUUUUUUCGAUCGACAGUGUAAGACUGAAUUCUUACCCUUCAAGAUACAUUGAAAUAAUUAUUAACUGAUCAAUAUAGAGGCUCGUCCAACUUCUUUGGAAUUGGGGUUGUAAAUAAAGACAUUAUUUCAGUAUAUUUUGUGACAUUUUUGUUUGGUAUGUGUGCCAUGAGAUUUUUGUUUUGUAAAAUAUGUACCUUGGCCCAAUAAAGGAUGGAAACCACUGCUCUAAACCUUACUGUAAAUGUUUUAAGUAACAUCUUCACUGUCAUAUACAUACAAGUUUAACCGAAAUUAUAAGGCAAUUUUCCCCCAAAAUCUUGGUCGUAUUCAGAAGUGUACAAUCUCAGACAUUCCACUUAGAUGAGGUUUCAUUGUACAGUAAAAUUAUGUUGCAGAGGGGUAGCAAGGUGGGUUAGUGGUUAGUACAGCUGCCUCAAAGUUCUGAGGUUAAGGGUUCAAGCUGGUUUUCAUGUUCUAACAAUGCUUGUGUGGGUUUCCUCACAAACUCCAAAAAUGUGCAUGUGAGUGAUCCAAAUUGCCCUUGUGAUAGGUGUGAAUAUGAGUAUGGAUGGGUGUUUGUCUAUAUUUGCCCUGCAAUUGGCUGUCGACAGUCCAGGUUGUACCCUACCGCUCACCCAAAGUCAGCUGGGAUAGGCUCCACCUCACCUGUGCCCCUAAUAAGGAUAGAUAAUGGAUGGUGUUAUAAAUGGAUGUUGCAGAGUGAACACUUGUUCUAUUACCUAGUAGAGCUUGCUUGCUAAAAACAAAAGACACCUUGAAAAGCAGCCAGAUGUACACUUGUGAUGAUUCAUCUUAUGUGGCAAUUGGACGUGUGAAACUGGAUUUCAUUGUAAAGAGGAGAUGCGUGUCAUUCAUGAUACAUAUUCAAGUAAAAGAAGCAGGAAGCAAGAAGGUGAAAGCUCCUGCUGGAAGGCGGGAGCUGGUACAAUGACGCUGAUAUCGCAUGUGGGGUCUCUGUCUCUUUAAGCCAGCCGCACAGCACUGCAGCAUGUGGGUGCUGCAGUACAGACCGGGAGAGGGUGAGAGAAGCAUUGCUAUCACAGGAGUCAAGACUAUGGAGGGAAAUGUAACACCUCGGGAUUCGGAGGCCCGAGCAAAGUGAGAGGCCAACAGGGUUUUAGAGGGGUAAGGAGUACCGGCGGAGGGGUGGCAGAGCGAGCGCAGAAGGGGCUCUUUAUUCGAAGCGUGGCACCGGUGGCAGAGUGGCUGCGCUGGGAUGGCAGGGGGGGGCCAUGGGUGGGCUGGCCUUGGGGCAGCCCUCUGGGGGACAGAGGCAGGCGGGGGCAGCAGAGAAGGGCUAGCGAGGGUUACGGGACAAUGCCCUCCAGAUGGUGCCACCAUGCUCCACCCAUGGCACAGAUAACACCUGGGCAAGACGGAGGGCGCAGGGAGACAGCGGUGGAGGGCAAGUCCAGCAGGAAUGUAGGAGGUGUCACGGUGGGCAGAAAAUUCCUUGGUCAGGUGUCUCUUCAUCUGGAGGAGGUGAGGGGGGACUCGGAGGGGGAGGUCAGCAGCGCCUGCUUCGGGCAGGUGUCACGCCGGCUGGGACGAUUUUUGAAGAGAUUGCCCAAGUCUCGAUCCUGGAGUGACGGCCUCAGGAUCCUUCGGAGAUCAGCCUCCAACGGGUCGCUGCUCCCCACCUCAGACUGCACGUACACCUGCCAUCUGGAGUGUGAGAGACAGGUCCAGCUGGACUGCAACCAGAGGGACAAUGUGCCUGAAGAAACUAAUUUUCCCAGAAGCCACUCCUCCACAGCAGAACACAAAAGUGAGGCAAAGGAGGAAGAGGAAGGAGGUGUAAAAGACCUUCCAGAGGAAGAGGUGUGCACCAGGGUAGAAGAAUACAACUCCCGGGUGUCAGAGAAUGGCAUGAAACUGGCUUCAGACGGCUCUUACACAGGUUUCAUCAAAGUCCAUCUGAGGCUCAGUCGACCCGUCACAGUGCCCGCUGUGGAGGUGCUGGUCCCUGGAGGCCCUGAUGGAUCACCGUCACAGGGUCAAGAGCGUGGACAGGGUGAGGACAGAACCUCCUUCUACCUUCCAUGUGACUGCGUCAAGCAGCUGCACAUCAGCUCCACGACAACCACCAGAGAGGUGAUUCAAGGCUUGCUGAAGAAGUUCAUGGUGUUGGACAACCCUCGCAAGUUUGCCUUGUACAGACAGACGCAUCGCGAUGGACAAGAUUUGUUCCAGAAACUUCCUCUGUGUGAGCGUCCUCUUCUUCUGAGACUGAUUGCAGGGCCUGACCCCGAGCAGCUCAGUUUUGUCCUCAAGGAAAACGAAACUGGAGAAGUUGAGUGGCAUGCCUUCUCCGUCCCGGAGCUCCAAAACUUCCUGGUCAUUCUGGAUAAGGAAGAGGCGGAGCGUGUGCGAGCGGUGGAGUCUAAAUAUACAAUGUACAGAUGCAAACUACAGCUAGCUCUACAACAACACGACCCCUGACCCCCUCACCUGGUACCAUGUGACCUCAAAGCAGGGAGAGGUUCCACCCUUUCAACACUGAACACCCAACCCGUCACCCCUCCAAAGACCCGCGAUCCAAUCAGAGAGCUCGGAGAUGGAGCUGAGCUCGUCUCCGCAUACACACAAACAAACAAAGCCUUUCUCAGGACACAUUGUACUCCCCCCUCCUCCUCAUCUACCAUCUUUGAGGAGCUCUAGGAGACUUUAGGGGUGUUUGAACUCUCGCAACAACACAGCUGGGACUGCAAAGUGUUUAAUUGCAUUUAAAAUGACCUUCUCUCCUUCUGCUACUGCUGCUACUGCAAAGUGUUACUUAUGCACGUGUCUCUCUCAGCUCAUCCCCACACAUACAGUAUUGCUGACCACCCAUUGAGAAUGAUAAAUAGAACGCAUGGUUACCUUUUCAGCAUCUCUUUGGAAUGAAAGGACAAUCAUAACAGGCGUUUGUUUUCUUGAAAUGUUGGCUCGGAUGUGCAAGAUUCAGGCGUUCAUUUUGUUGCUUGAAUCGACGACGUGGACUUAUGAGAGAGGUGUAGGGACUGUCUUGUUGAACAAAGAACACUGCUUUAAAAACAAUCCUAUACUAAAUCCUAGAAUUCUGGAUUCCUACUUCAGCAAGUCAGUAAGGUGUUUAAUGAGAACCAGCCUCCCUCCAUGUGACGAAUGUCUGAGCUCCGCCUGCAAACGAAGCCAUUUUGUGACUCAAAAAGACUGUUUUGUGCAUUUGAUGAUUAUGAUGUUUGCGCCAAACUCAGAGGAACACAUCCAGCAUGGUGAUUUUAAAAUGCGGGAAACACAUUUGGAUGCUUUUUCAAUUUUAAAACGGCAUAUACACCGACUGGCCACAACAUGAGGUGUGGAGAUCUAUCAUAAGAUUGAUUGAUACUGCCAGAGAGCUGUUUAUUUAACAGUAGUUUCUAGUGUGGUUGUUCUUUAGCUUGCUGCAUCUUAAUCAGAGCUGCAUCCAAUUACACAGAAUUAUUGGAUCACAAGUGGUUAUUAUAAAAAUAACUGCUGCUUUUCCACUGAACAGUACCAGUUCAGUGAGACUCUGCACACCUUGCUUUGGGACUGAAAAACACGACAAAACGAAACACCAUAUCAAAUAACGAUUGUCUCCUAUAUUUACAAAUUCAAUUAAGGAGGACACUGUGGGCAGCAGGAAAAUGAACCACCGCAGGAAAGUGGAGAGACUGUGGAGUCCUGUAGAAUACUGCAGUGUCCAGAACUUAGGCAUAAUAGAGCAAGAUCAAAUUGGCUUGUGGUUAUAUGCAUCCUAGAAUGUGUUGUGGCUGGCCAAGUACUAUUUCUAAGAGGAAAGAGAUCAAUAGUAGAGAGUAGAGCCAUAAAAGUACUUACCUUGCAUGGGAAAUGGGGCAAAUUGCUUCAAGGCUAUGGCCAGUGGGGUUGUCACUAACAUGCAGGUAACUUCUACAUAAAUUAAAAAGAAACAAAGCAAAAAUCAGAAAGGUUAUGUACCAGUGAUGGGUUUGUGAUGCAUACAGUAUGUGAUAUGAUCAGUAUACACUGGAAAAUGAUGGUUUGUUGUUAUGAUGAAUAUCAUUGUUCUUUUGGCAUCAUUGUGCAUGUGUGGAGUUAAUGCAUGUGUGGAGUUAAUGUGAAAACUGCAGUCUUUUGUUAUAUUGACUUCUACACAAACGCAUGUGGCCUCACUUAUUAUCAAAAUGUGCAUUAUUUCCAUCCUCAAAUGAAGUUGCAUGGAAAGGAGUUCAUUUUUUGUAUUAUCAAUUUCAUUCAGCAUUUGGACCAAAGAGUUGAUUUUUUUUUUUCUCCACAUAAUUCUGUUUCAACAUUUUCAAAUAAAUAUGAUAAAUGAGGCCACUUGUCCAUUAGCACUUAGUUAGCCUAAAAGCAUAGUUGUGUUUUUGGAAAACAAGAAAAAAAAAUAGUAAUUCAACAAGCAAGAAGAGUCCAGGUGCCUCGAUUCAACUUUUGCGGACAAGCAUGACCUGGAUAACUGAGAAUCCACACAAAGAAAAAAUAUGCAUUUUAAGAAAAAUACUUUUUUUUUUUUGCAAGCACAUUGGUAUUUUCCUGAUUGAUAUUGUGAUAGUAAUUUAAAAAUGACUUAGGAGACUAUCCUAUGAGGCUAACGACAUGCUUCUCAGUUAACAAUUUGUGCAACCAGAGCUGAUCCCACAGGCAGUGCCUUUUGUUUCCUGUGUCCAAUGGUAUCUGUACAUGCACCCAAUGGAUGGACGGUGUGUCCCUGUACACAGGUGCCUCACUGUUUGUAUGUGUGCAAAUAUUUUUCUUUGAGGUGGUGUCACAUGUUACUUUUAUUUCUUUCUUCCACCCACCCCUUUCACUCAUUUGUCAUUCCAACAAACCGUGUGUGCGACUGUUAUUUAUGUAAUUAUAUGCCCAAGGGUUGAGACGUUAUGCUUUUUUGCAACUAAUUUUGUUUGACUAGAAGAAGGGUGAUGACUAUAUCAAUAGAGAUGUACAGACUUGUCAGACAGAAAUUAAAAAAAGGUUAUCCCUUUAUUGGAAUCA